ACUACCAUAACCAUGAAGAUGAGUUUCUCCCAUCUGAUUUCACAGUGUGGACUACUCUGGUUGCUAUUGUUUCUGCUUCCUUUGGUCAAUGCAGUGUCAAAAUCUGAAAACUACCAGACAUAUAUCAUCCACAUGGACCAUACUCACAAGCCUGAAUCUUUCUUAACCCAUGAGUCAUGGCAUCGUUCCAUCCUAAAAUCAUUGUCGUCAUCUCCUGCUGAUGACAAAGAACUAUUGUUGUACUCAUACAACCAUGUCAUGCACGGCUUCAGCGCUAGGCUCACACCCUCUCAGCUAUCUGAGAUUGAGGAAUCUCCAUCUCACCUUGCCACUAACCCAGAGUCCUUUGUUAAGUCAAUGACAACCUACUCCCCUAAGUUUCUUGGGCUACAAGAAAAUUUUGGCAUAUGGCCUGCUGCCUCAUAUGGAGAAGAUGUGAUCGUAGGCGUGGUUGAUACGGGAGUUUGGCCAGAAAGCAAGAGUUUUAACGACGAGGGUAUGCCACCUGUGCCGAAAAAAUGGAAGGGCAAGUGUGAGAAUGGCACGGAUUUUAGCCCUUCAAAGUGCAACAAGAAACUCAUUGGGGCUCGAUUCUAUUACAAAGGAUUCCUAGCUCAACAUUCUAACGCAUUUGAGGAUGGCGAAUUUCUUUCUCCAAGAGACUUCUCGGGUCAUGGAACGCACACAGCAUCCACAGCAGUUGGUAACAAUGUUCCUGGAGUAAGUUACUUUGGAUAUGCAAGAGGUACAGCCAUUGGGAUGGCUCCUCGUGCACGUCUUGCUGUCUACAAAGCCCUUUGGCUAAAAGACGGACGGGGUACCGGUGCAACGUGUGACGUUCUUGCUAGCAUGGAACAAGCAAUUCUUGACGGGGUUGAUAUAAUGUCUUUGUCUCUUGGCUUUAAUAGCAAAGCUUAUUUAACUGAUCCUGUUGCCUCGGGUUCUCUUUCAGCAAUUGAGAAAGGGAUUUUUGUUGUUUGUUCUGCCGGCAAUGAUCUUGAUUUUAAAACAGUAGACAAUGUAGCACCUUGGAUCACAACUGUUGGGGCUGGCACACUUGAUCGAAGUUUCAAUGCAAAAAUGACUCUAAAAAAUGGGGUUUCCAUUGAAGGUACAUCAUACUUUCGAAAGAACAUUUCCAUUACUGAUUUGCCUUUGUACUAUGGCAAAGACAACGUGAGUAAAGCAAUUUGCAAGGACGGAACAUUGGAUAGAAAGGAGGUUGCUGGAAAGGCAGUCAUCUGUGAUUACUCAGGGUCAAAUGUUUCUCAACAAAUUGAGGAGGUUAAAAGGGCAGGUGCUUCUGCGGCUAUCAUCACAGAUUUAUUCUUACCAUUAUCGUAUGAGAAGUACAUCAUGUUCGAUGUUGUUGAGUACAGCAUUCCGAGCCUUAUUUUGCCAACUGGUUCGGGGACUUUGGUUAAAGAGUAUGUGACAAGGGCGAAAAACCCGAAAGUGAAAGACAUGAGUUUUGUGUUAACGAGGUUGGGUACAAAGCCUGACCCUCAAGUGGCCAAAUUCUCUUCGAAAGGUCCAAAUCCAAUCAGUCCAGGAGUUUUAAAGCCAGAUAUUAUUGCUCCAGGAGUUGAUGUUUUAGCCGCAGUUGAUACAGGUUAUGAAUUAAUGUCGGGCACAUCAAUGGCGACACCACAUGUUGCUGGGGUUGGAGCUUUACUGAAAGCAAUCCACCCCAAGUGGAGCCCAGCAGCUAUCCGAUCGGCUAUGAUGACCACAGCCUAUGCCAUGGACAAUACUGGCACAAUUAUUAAAAGCGAAUUUGCAAAUGAAUUAGGCUCCCCUCUGGAGUUUGGGGCUGGCCACAUCAAUCCGAAUAAAGCGAUGAAUCCAGGACUCAUCUAUGACAUGGGUUUCCAAGAUUAUGUUGAUUUUCUGUGUGGCGUGGAACACACUAAGGAGCAAAUGAGUGCUCUCAUUAGACGACCUCAAUGGAGUUGCAGCAACAAAUCUAUUCAUGAUCUAAACUAUCCCUCUUUCACGGCCGCACUCACAACCGAAACCAAAUAUCCAGUGGCAAUGAGCUUCAGCAGGGUUGUGACAAAUGUUGGAAAUGAUAAAGCUGUUUACCAGGCACAUUUGGAGUACAAUGCCACCGGUUUGAAAAUAAGUGUGGAACCAAUGACUCUUACAUUUACCCGCAAAUAUCAGACUCGAAGUUUUGUUGUGAGCAUUGAGCUUGAUAGAGAAUUUUCAAGGGUAAUUUAUGAUUUUCUCAAAUGGAUAGAUCAAGAUAGCCACAUAGUAACAAGUCCUAUAGUGGCUACCAAUUUCUAGUAGACAAUAUUGGCAUGUUCCCGUGCUAAAUACUAUGAUCAACUGCUGAGGGAACAGGUUAAAGUUGUCUAAGUUGUGGUCUAGGUUGUUGCUGUGUUCCUUUUUUUGUUAUGUUCUGUUCUGUAGCUUGUGCUCUGUUUUAUUCAAUGUAACUUUUCUUGGCUGUUAUGAAUGAAAGGUUCAGUUUGUUUUCAAAAAAAAAAAAA